GUGAUUACGUUAAGCGUAUCUGUCCAUUAAUUCCGGGCACUAAUGUUUGCUAUUAAUUUUUGUUUUUCGAAAUGGACUUCGACUUUAAAGUGAAAACUGCUAGUGAGCGUGCCAAAGUUGAAGAUUUAUUUGACUAUGAAGGCUGUAAGGUUGGACGAGGCACCUAUGGUCAUGUUUACAAAGCCCGGAGAAAAGAUGGGUCAGAUACUAAGGAUUAUGCACUUAAGCAAAUUGAAGGCACUGGUCUUUCCAUGUCAGCUUGUAGAGAGAUAGCUUUACUUAGAGAACUGAGGCAUCCCAAUGUAAUCAAUCUAAUUAGAGUGUUUCUAUCUCAUAAUGAUCGAAAAGUAUGGUUACUUUUUGAUUAUGCAGAACACGAUUUGUGGCAUAUAAUAAAGUUCCAUCGGGCUGCCAAAGCCAAUAAAAAACCAGUAAUGGUACCUAAGGGAAUGGUGAAGUCCUUAUUGUACCAAAUUUUGGAUGGAAUCCACUAUCUCCAUUCAAAUUGGGUUCUGCACAGGGAUUUGAAACCUGCCAACAUUCUUGUGAUGGGAGAAGGUCCGGAAAGAGGAAGAGUCAAAAUAGCUGACAUGGGUUUUGCAAGACUUUUUAAUGCUCCAUUAAAACCUUUAGCAGAUCUUGAUCCUGUUGUUGUAACAUUUUGGUACCGAGCACCAGAACUGUUACUGGGCGCAAGGCAUUACACCAAAGCCAUAGAUAUCUGGGCUAUUGGUUGUAUAUUUGCUGAGCUGUUGACAUCAGAACCUAUCUUCCAUUGCAGACAGGAAGAUAUCAAAACUAGCAAUCCAUAUCACCAUGAUCAAUUAGAUAGGAUAUUCAAUGUUAUGGGUUUCCCAUUGGAAAAAGACUGGGAAGAUAUCAGAAAAAUGCCUGAACAUCCUACUUUAUUAAAAGAUUUCAAAAGAUCAAAUUAUUCCAACUGUUCCUUAGUUAAAUACAUGGAUCGGCAUAAAAUCAAACCUGAUAGUAAAUCCUUCCAUUUGUUGCAGAAACUGUUGUUGAUGGAUCCUAAUAAGAGAAUCACCUCAGAAAUAGCAAUGCAGGAUCCAUAUUUUCAAGAAGAACCUCUUCCAACUCAGGACGUUUUUGCUGGUUUUGCAAUACCUUAUCCAAAACGUGAAUUUUUAACUGAUGAUGAUCAAGAAGAUAAAUCGGAUAAGAACAACACCCGACCUAACCAGCAAAAUAAUGGAGGUCAAGGUGGAGGUGGCCAAUCAGAGCAAGGAAGUAGCCACGGACAUAGUGGACCUAAUGCUAAGAGGGUGCGCCUUUCACAUCCAGGGGGAGGACAGCAACCUCAAGCACCACCUGACUUUCAUCAGAGCAUGAUGUUUCAGGGAGGACAACAGCAACAGAAUCCUAAUUUUAGUGGGAGAUUUUAGUUAUACUUCAUUAGUGAUAAUUUUAAUUUGCUACAGUAAGAUUUUAUGGUUGGUUCUUUGAAAAUUGUUUUCUUUCGUCCAAAGACAGGAACAAAGAAGUAUUAGUCAUUAGUUUUUUAUCUUUUAACAUGCUGCUGUUACUCCUGAUUUUCUAUUAAGUUUUAAAAUUUUACAAUCAUUUCCUUUCCUUAUUUUAAAAAUAUUAGUUCUAAACAAUUGAUUUUUAAUAUUUAUUGGUAUUUUAAAUACCUACUUAGUACUUAGUAUUAAAAAAGAAAGUUACUAAUUUCCUGUGUAAAUAUUUUUAAAGAAUGUAAAUAGUAGGAAAAAUAUUUCAAUUUAUUUUGUGUACAUAUUAUGGUAUGACUGUAAUAUUUUUUUAGAUUUAAGUUCGGUCUGAUUGUGAUUAUUGAUGUCUUAUUUCAAUUUCAAGAAUAAUUUUCUAUUUUCAUGCAAUAGCAGUGAUAAUAGAAGACAAUAACUUUAUCAUAAUUAAUAAGGUAAUUAAAUGCAUAAAAAUGUCAGAAUUGACAUUGUUUUAAGUGGUCUGUUUAUCUCAGUUGUAAAAAUAUUUAUUGAGUUAAAAAUUAUGAUAAACAUUAAAAUUUUAAUAAUGUUGUUUACUGAUAAGUGUUUAUUUAUUUUUCAAAAUGUUUAUCAAUAAUUUGUUUUUCCUCUAAUCUUUUAUUCUUACUAGUAUAUCAAGGCACAUAUUAGCCUUGAUUAAAAAAUUAUAGUGGAAAGAUGGAGCACACAAGGAUAACAGACUUCUUAAUGUUUAAUAUUUGUACACUUAAUUUAUAAUUAUUUUCAAUUAAUUAGUUUCAUAGCUUUUUUGGAAUUUUUCGGUCUGAUAAUCUUUUAUAAAGUACAUUUCAUUCUGUAUUGCUAGAUUUUGGAGUAUUGAUCCACAGUAUUAAUAUUUCUCUCAAUUUUGAUGAAAAGGGUAAAAAAUAUAUUUCAUUU